AUGCAAGAGAGCCCGCAACCUUCUACGGCAAACAUUGCCGUGGCGUGCGCCAUACUUGCUGGUAUCACUGGCUACUUUCUCGGCAUGGCAAAGUCCUUGGGUCUCUUUGGAGGCAGCCCAAUCUCCGAGCCACCGCAGUGGAGGAGUGAAAAGGCACAACAUUCGGACGACGAGUCCAGCAAGUCCAGCGACGACGACGAAGACGAAGACGAAGAUAACGACGACGACACGGCGCCUACCGAGUUCCCUGGCCACACAGAGGAAUGCAAGAUGGUACUGGUAGUGCGAACAGAUCUGGGCAUGACCAAGGGCAAGAUUGGCGCGCAAUGCGGACAUGCAACAUUAGCAUGCUAUAAGCAGUUCCUACGACACGCACCCAACUCGACCCUCCUGCAGCGCUGGGAACGAAUGGGCCAGGCCAAAGUGGCACUGCAGGUCAAGGGCGAAGAGGAGCUCGAGAUACUGCAGGCACAAGCUGUGAGUUUGGGGCUGGUCGCGCACAUCAUCCAUGACGCAGGUCGAACUCAGAUUGCUAGCGGCAGUGCGACAGUACUGGGCAUUGGGCCUGCGCCAAAGGGUGUGAUUGACCAGGUCACCGGGCAUCUGAAGCUGUUGUAG